UGUAGUCGUCCAACUCCAGUCUCCAAGACUCCAACCCUGUCUACUCUAACUCCUCGCACGGAACUGAGUGUUUCCUUCGCACCACAACUUACUAAGCAAUUUGCAGUUACCUUACGUUCCAAAAUUCACAAAGUCUGCGUUGCAAGCAAGCGAAAAGCUAGAGUUGUGCGCUUCUUGCUGCUUCCAGUUAGCAGAGUUCGAUUUUCGAUGGCUGAACCUAAAAUCAAAUACGAUCGACAGCUUCGCAUUUGGGGUGAGCAAGGGCAAGCGGCGUUGGAGAAAGCAAGUAUUUGCUUGCUAAAUUGUGGACCUACGGGAUCUGAGAGUUUGAAAAAUUUGGUUCUUGGUGGAAUUGGCAGCAUCACUAUCGUCGAUGGAUCAAAGGUGGAAGUGGGUGAUCUUGGAAAUAACUUUAUGGUGGAUGAAACAAGUCUUGGUGAAUCAAAGGCAAAAUGUGUCUGUACAUUCUUGCAAGAGCUUAAUGAUGCUGUUAAGGCAAAGUUUAUUGAAGACUUUCCAGAGAAGCUAAUUGAGUUCAAUCCGUCAUUCUUUUCCCAGUUUACUUUAGUGAUAGCUACACAGAGAAACCUGGGAAUUGGUUUCGAACCAAUAAUGAAGAAAGAAGCCAUGACGUGCCAGUUGGUGGAAGAAAAGAUGAUAAAGCUUGAUAGAAUCUGCAGGGAGGCAAAUGUAAUGUUAGUAUUCGCUCGAUCGUAUGGCCUAACUGGACUUGUUCGUGUCAGUUUAAAGGAGCACACUGUGAUUGAAUCCAAACCCGACCAUUUUCUGGAUGAUCUUCGUCUAAAUAAUCCAUGGCCAGAGCUUAAGAGGUUUGUAGAGUCUAUUGAUAUACAUGUGCAAGAUCAUGUUGCUCACAAGCACAUACCCUAUGUUGUGAUUCUUGUAAAGAUGGCUGAGGAAUGGGCUCAAAGUCAUGGUGGGACCCUUCCUUUGACUCGAGAAGAGAAGAAAGAGUUUAAGGAUCUUCUUAAAUCAAGGAUGAUUGGUCUUGAUGAAGAUAACUAUAAAGAAGCUGUUGAUGCAUCCUUCAAGCUCUUUGCUCAUCAAGGAAUCAGUCCAUAUCUGCAGCGAAUAAUGGAAGAUAAUUCUGCUGAAAUAGAUUCCAAUUCACCUGAUUUUUGGGUUAUGGUGGCCGCCUUAAAGGAAUUUGUUGCUCAUGAAGGUGCUGGUGAAGUUCCACUUGAAGGAUCAAUUCCAGAUAUGACAUCUUCAACAGAGCACUAUGUGAAUCUCCAAAAGGUAUAUCAGGCUAAGGCUGAAGCUGAUUUUCUUGCUAUGGAGAAGCAUGUGCAAAGUCUCCUGAAAAAAAUUGGUAGAGAUCCAAAAGUCAUUUCCAAGACGACAAUAAAAGGUUUCUGCAAGAAUGCAAGAAAACUCUCAGUAUGCAGAUAUCGGAUGAUUGAGGAGGAGUUCAGUUCUCCUAACCUUUCUGAGUUGCAGAAGUAUUUGACAGAUGAGGAGUACAGUAUGGCAGUUGGGUUUUACAUCUUGCUGCGAGCUGUUGAUCGCUUUGCCGCUAACUAUAACUGUUUUCCUGGCCAAUUUGAUGGAGAGAUGGAUGAAGAUAUAUCUCGAUUAAAGACUCUAUCUAUAAGUUUGCUAAGUGAUCUGGGCUGCAAUGGCUCAAUCUUGACCGAGGAUCUCAUCAAUGAAAUUUGUCGGUUUGGGGGUGCAGAGCUCCAUGCGGUUGCUGCUUUCAUAGGUGGGAUUGCUUCGCAGGAAGUGAUAAAGCUUAUCACGAAACAAUUUAUUCCCAUGGCUGGAACGUUCAUCUUCAACGGGAUUGAUCAGAAGUCUCAGCUAUUGUCCUUGUAGCAAAUAUUUCAGCCGAAAUAGUGGUGAGGUUGGAGCUUUUCGCUACCUUCCUGCUGUCGAAGAAAAUGUACUUGAAUUUUGUUCCUGAGAAAAACUUAUUGUUCACCUUCCAAAAUUAGCUUGGUUCUCUCAUGUGGGGAGCGCUCAACCUUUGAGAUGCAUAUUUAGAUCUCAUGAAUAGUUGGAGAGAAAAAAGUUUACGAAAGAAUUGCUACUAUUUUUUUUUUUUGGUUUUGUGAUACAAUAUCCUUGUGUUUGAACGCUGUCGACAUUGUACUUUCAAUGUGUCUUCUCCUUCCAAGUUACACCCUUAAGCUUUUUGUGUGUUUUAUGUUCUAGCUCUUCAUUAAGUUAAUGUUAUUUUUCUUUAUUUUA